CGGGGGGCAGACGGGGGGGAGACGGAAGGGCAAGUGGAGGAUGACGAAGAAGCGGAGGAGGAAUCGAAGAGGAGGACGCGGCAGCCAAGAUGACACGUGGCAGCCAAGAUGACACGUGGCAGCCAAAGUGACACGUGGACACAAUGACGAUGAGUCGAUGACAAGGGGGGAAGACGGAGGAAGACGGCGAUGGCAGGGAAAAGGCGGCAGGAGGACAGGGCGGACGUAGAGGGCAAGUGGAGGCGAUGACGAUGACUCGGAGGAAGAGGGAAGGCGGAGGAAGAAGACGGCGAUGGCAGGCGGAAGGCGGCAGGAAGACACGGCGGAGGCAGAGGGCACGUGGACGCGAUGACGAUGGGUCAGAAGAGGAAGAGGGCAGGUGGGCGAUGGCAGGGGGAAGGCGGCACGAAGACAUGGAGGAGGCAGAGGGCAAGUGGAGGAUGACAAAGAGGUUGAGGAGGAAGAAAGCAGGUGGAGGAAGAUGCAGGUGGAGGAGGAAAAGGGUAAUGAGGAGGAAGACGCAGAGGAGGAAGAGGGCAGGUGGGGAGGAAGAGGACGAGUGGAGGAGGAAGACGGUGACGGGGCGAAGACGCAGAGGAGCAGGAGGGCAUGUACAGGGAGAGGGCCCGUGGCGGACGACGGCAGGCGGCAGAUGGAGGAAGAGGGAAAGGGGAGAGGGAAGAGGGAAGAGGGAAGGAAGAGGGAGAUGGAGGCCGCUUACCGGGACGCUGCGCAUCGGGGAUGUGGACCCGCUGUCUGCGCGGGCUCCUACUCUCUCCUACCGUGUUAAGGAGAACAGUGCGCCGCUACUGAGCGAGGAGAAGUGGGAUGCGUGGUGGGAGGACUAUAUCGAACUCGCCUUCUAUCUAUUGGAGAUAGAGAUCCGCUGGUCAGAAGCGGCCCCGUUCGGAGAAGGACCAGAGCACCCAGAGGACAGCGUGGAGCUUCUGAUCAUCCAAGCCUGGAGAACGGCGGAGCAGGGCGAUCUGCUGGGAAUCGUAUUCGCGAAGGUGGAGGAGGGCAAUCUCACCUUGAUCACGGACGAGUUGCUGGUGUUUCUGACUCAGCUGGUGGAUGAUCUGCCCCUGGACAUCUUGUCACGCAGUGACGAGCAUCCUGGCACCCACGUGCUGUCUCGAGCGCUCGAGCCGCACCUUGUGUGGUCCACGUGUACGGAGAUUGACGAGGACAACUGUCUCUACCCCUCCCAGGCAUUUUACUUGGAGAUCGAUGUCACCGAUCUCACAUUCUGGGACCUGAUCGCAAGGAGAAACGCGGCGCAGGACGAGGAGAUAGGAGGAGCGGAGGAAGAGGAGGAAGAAGAGGAGCCAUCGGGUGGAGAACGGGACUAUCAAGACUACGUCCCGGAAAGAGAAACGGGGAUAGCCGGCGGAUCGAGCCAGUCGCAGGAAAAAAACGAAGAGGAGGAAGAGCAGAGGAAACGAAAGCGCCGGGAGACUGCGGAGGGAAAGCAACCCACGGCAAACGUUUCAUGGAUCGGGGAUCCGUGGCGUGAUCCGGAACCGCAAGAAGAAGAAGAUGAUGGAACCUCAGCAAAGGGAUCGCGGAGAAGAAGAAGAAGAAGUGAAUCGCCAACUCCCUCCGGCUCCCCAUCCUGAUCCUCCAUUUGUCUACAUGAAGAUCUCGGCGUUCGGGCUUCGUCCCCGGUCGUUCUCUCGCCGACCCCGUGACUACCUCAUGCUUACCCGUC